AUGUAUAAGGAUAUUGAUGAAUUAUUGGAGCAAAUUGAACUUAACAAUGAUAUUAAGACAUAGAGUACAAGAGAAAGGAACAGAAGGUCUUUUGUGGAUCCACCGAAAUUGGAGACACAAAAAAUAGCUAAUGAUCCAUAUGAAUUUGAUAGCAUACUCAAAUCUCAAGAUUCUCCUGUUGAUAGACAAUCUUCCUUUGUGCCGAGACAAAGACCACAAACUGCUGUUAUAGAUGAAUCAAAAAAACAAAAAAUGGCUGAUCUAUUCUAACUACCAAAAACUAUUGUUAAUAAAGAUUUGCCUCCACCGCCCCCACAAAUUGAAGACACAAGCAACAACAUGGAAGUAUCGAUGGGAUAGAGUAGAAGGUAAAAAAUGAGGAUGCUCUCGUAAAACAAGGGUCAACCUUAGAAGAGUGAUAUCAAUUCAAGUUAAGAUCCCAUUGCAAAUAAUACAUAACAAAUAGAAGUCGAAAAGCAAUCAGUUUAGUCUGAUUAUUCAAUUAAAUAAAGCAAACAACCAGAAAUACAGCUUAGUGCUCCUGUUAAUCUGAAUGUUCAAAAGUUUCAAGAUGAAAUAAAGCAACUGAAAUAAGAAAAGGAUAGAUUGUAAGAUGAUUUACAGGCUCUGAGGAAUGACAAAUAGAAACUGCAAGACGAAAUAGAAAUAGAAAAAAGAGAGAGGCAAAGAAUAAUUAAUGAAAAAUUGGAGGCAGAAAGAAGUUUCAUUAAAGAAAGAGAAUAAUUGAAGAAUGAUUAUGAAAGAGAUAAAUAGAGAGCUGUUGAUGCUGUGAAAUUAGAAAAUGAAAUAAUGAGAUAACAAUUAGGAGAAUAGAGGCAAUUGGAUCAUCUGGCAGAUAAAAUUAAAGAUAGUGCUAAAGAAUUGGAGACACUUAAAAAUCAAUUAUAUCAAAAACAUGAAUAAUAGGCUUAAGAAAAGAUAAGAUUAUUUGAAAAGAAGUAAAAAUGUGAGAUCAACGACCAAGAGACAUCCUUAGAAAAAGAGAAAUCCUACGUUGAAAGUGAGAAGAGGAGACUCCAAAACAUUUAAGAUGACAUUAGUAGAAGGGAGUAAUUGUUUCAAGCAUCCAUGGAAGGAGACAAGAGAUCAUUGUAGAGCGAGAAAUAAUUGUUAUAAGAUAUAAAGGAGUCGUUAAGAACCUUGGAAAUAGAAACUAAGAAAAGAUUAGAGUAAGAGAGCAUGUUUAUACAGAGAUAGAAAAAUGAGCUUGAACUAUUAAAAAAUGAAAUGAAUUCGUAAGCUUAAAAUAAAUUAAGACAGCUGGAUUUAGAAAAAUAAUUAUUUGAACAGCAAAAGAAUGAAUAUCAUGAAUUUACUUAGAAAAAUAAUCAGAUCAUUCAAUAAAAAUAUUCAGAUAUUGAAAAAUAACAAUAAAAAAAUGGAGCUAAGGAAAUGCAACUCAUUGCAUUAUAAAGAGAUUUAGAUAUGAAAAGUAAUCAAGUCACUAGUCUACAUGCUGAGUAUUCCAGAAAAUUGGGUUUGGUUGAUGGGGAGAGAUAAUAAUUAUUGUAAAAAUUAAAAGAAAUUAACGAAAAAGAGUAGCUUUACCAUAAGGAAAUUAGUAAUGUAUAGGAGUUUAGACAAAUUUAUUAAUAGGAAAAGGAGACAAUCUAAAAAUAAAAACUAGAAUUGCAUUAAUAGUUGACCUUAAACCAAUAAGAAAAAAUAUAGAUUGAAUAAGAAAAGAAUUAAUUAACCUAAAUGCAUAAGACCUUAUCUCAUUUAAGAUCUGAAAUAGCUUAAAAUAGUACAUAAGGAUUCUCUUAAACCACUGCAUUUCCUGCUAAGCCUGUCCAAAAAAAUAAAGUGGAAAAGCCUAAGUCCGCUUAAAAAAUUCCAAUUCACAACAAUUCUUCAGCUAACCAAACAGCAUCAAACUUCGAUGUAGGGAGUUAUAUGAAAUACUUGAAGAAUGUUGAUUAUUUACAUUGA